UUUUGCUAUAUCGACGGCACCUCACCCUUCGAUUGCUUCUAGAACAUAGUUUCAGGAUUUUUACUCUUCCGCAUAUGUUUCAACCUCGAUCAACCGUUUACUAACUUUAGGUUUAGUACGGAGUUAUUUGCGCCGGUCUAAUUCUAUGGGCCUACUCGUUUCUUCCUUGCUCUUGGCUACAUCUACCCCUAUAUCGUCCUAUCGUCCUAUCUCAGGUUCGACCAGGACCAGGACCAGGACCGCACGAUUUGCCCCUAAGCUAGUGCCGCAAUCAUCGGAAUCUUGAACUAGAAUCUUCCAAGCCGAACGGAGAACCUCCAUCUUCGGAAGGUCAUUUUACCUGACUUCGUUCCGUGUGCUCCGAGCCACCCCCCUUCGCUUUAGUUCCUACAGGGCUGCACUUCCCGUCCCAUAUACCGGACCACAUUUCCGCCAUCAUAUCCGCACGAAGAUGUAUGCCUCGCAUCUAGAACCUCGUCAAAAACUACCACCACAAUCUCCACUCGGCGAGAGAACAACUACAUCCACUGACAUCGGCGGACAACCACUACCACCGCCGCAACCCGCGUACAUAUUUCGUGGUCAUACGGCUGCCACCCACUGCGUUCGGUUCAUUCGGAGCAAUGAACGGCUCCUGUCAGGGGAUGCCGACGGGUGGGUGGUUUCCUGGGACCUAGCUACCAAACGCGCAACUGCGGUAUGGAAAGCGCACGAGGGCUCAAUCCUCGGAUUGGACCCAUGGGGCUGUGAGAGGAUCAUCACUCACGGAAGAGAUUCCCGUAUCCGAGUAUGGCAGCUCAGAAAGGAGGACGAGCCCAAUUUAUCCAAAGUAUUACCCACGGAAACCACUUCAUCGGAGGAGCACAAGUCCCCGUGGCUGCUCUACUCGCUUGGCGUACCUUCACUGAACUUCUGCGCCUUCUCCUUAUAUGGAAUUCCAAGAGGCUCUACGGUGCCGGGCCGCGUACAGGGACUGGAUUCUCACCCGACCUCGUUACCGUCCGAAGAGGCUCUCGUAGCCAUUCCAGGACAGAAGGAGGGUGAGGUGCAGAUUUCUCAUCUGCCGUCUCAACGAGUGGUUUCAACUGUGCCAGGAAGCAACAUAGGGAAGACAGGGAUGGUCAUGGCCGUGCAUAUCAUGCCUCGUUUGUCUGAGAAGUCUCCCCGAUCUCAACACUGUGGCCCCACGAAAUUCUCACCUGCAGCCGCAACAUCGGAAAAUUUGGAUAAGGAGCGCCUGCCUUCAACUUCCGAGUGGAAGGACUCGCAAAACUUGCAUGAUACGGAACCACAUCAGGAGAGCGAGAGCCUACGUUAUCGACACUACCCCUCUGUUAGUCUCGUUAUCAUUGUCGGGUAUGAGUCUGGUCGAACGAGCGUUUUCGUUGGUCAUGAGUGUACCCCAACACCACCAGCAAUGGAUGCAUCCUCCCCACCGACAGUCGACGACUUGGCACGUUCAACACUCGGCCCCGACAACCGGGAAAUGGAUCAGUUUCCGCUACAGCAGAACUCGAGAGUGGGGACUGAAAAUGAGGCUCAAAUUCGAUCAACCGAAUCUCCAUCACACAGCAAAGAAACAGCAGGAUUCCCCUGGUCUGAUACGUCACUCACCUGGAAGGAGGUGUAUUCCUCCUGUCCACAUUCCCAACCCAUCCUUUCUCUCGACAUAUCUCCAAUCCAUCCAAUCUACUACACCUCGAGCGCCGACGACAAGCUCGUAGCUCAUCCACUCCCGUCCCCAACAUAUUCAUCCACCACUGCGACUUCAUCCGCGGACCCUCUACCCCGUUCUCAUUCUCCACCCUUGUCAAAUCCGCCCUCUGGACUCUCUCAACUCAUUUCGUCCUCUAAGCAGGCCGCAAUCUCCACACCCCUCAAAACUUCCCCGCUUCAAACAGCCUCCACCCACCACCCCGGGCAACAAAACCUCCGCGUCCGCUCCGACGGUCUCAUCCUCGCGACCGCCGGCUGGGACGGACGCGCUCGUGUCUAUUCUGCGAGCACGCUCGCCGAAGUCGCGGUGCUGAAACACACGGGGUUGUCGACGAAGGUGGCGCAGGGGCUUUAUGCGCUGGAUUUCGCAGGGCUUACUCUGCAAACCAAUGGCGGGGAGGGGGGAGGAUCAAAACAGGAGGGCUUAAGCGGUGAUCAGGGGAUGGUGUUAUCUAGAAAUGAGACUGAUAGAAGUGGUGGGGUAGUGAUGAGGAGCGAGAAGAAGACAUCGGUUAGGAGGGGUAUGGUGAGAGAGCGGAGGGGUGAGAGGGCGAAAGGCAUGCAUUGGGUUGCGGUGGGAGGAAAGGAUGGAAGGGUGAGUUUGUGGGAGAUAUACUAGCACAAACGUACUAGAUAAUAGAUGGGACUUAGUGUGGAAUGAUAUCAAUGAAU